GAGGGGGAGGGGGAGCCGUUUCAUAAAGCGCGGAGAGAAAAGCGUAGACUGGCGGGAGUGUGGGGAACAGCUAUAAUGGAAGGGGGCGAAGUUUCCGAUACAGACAGCGAUGAGACGAUAGUUGAGGGGUCCGUGGUUGAGAGCGACCUGGAAGAAAAAGAGCUUCGUGCAAAAAGAUUCUCUUUAAUGGAUAAAGAUCUGGUAAUAGCAAGAGAAACCAGCAUUACUUCAGAAUUAGCUAAUACAUAUGGAGAAAAGCUUUCUCCAAACAUUCCAUUUAAUAGCAUCAAAUUCCACGUCCAGAAACAACUGGGACUAUUUAAUCUGCCAUAUCAAGAGAUUAAUGAAAAGGAAGCAUCUCAAUCUCUGCUCCCGUAAAUACAAUAUCUCUGAGAACUGUAACUGAUUUUGCAAAUGCUCAGUUGCCACCUAUGUUGUUAAUGGGUUGUAGCAUCCAGCUAAGAAGUAGCACCAUUGAUCUGUCUCUCUCUGUUCCUCUUUGUAUAUAGAAUUUAUAGUAUGUUCUCACUGUAUAAGAAUGGGGGUGGUGUUCUGGUUUAGACCUUUAGACAUGCUGUACUUUAUAUCAUGGAGCACUAAAAGUUAUAAUAAACUUGAAUAUAAACAAUAAUAGGUGUACACAUGUCUAUACAUUCUGAUAUUCAAAUCUUCUGUAUCUGGAAGUAGAUAUUAUCUCGAGGCCAUACGAUAUAUGUUUUAAAGUGGAUGUAGAACGGGGAUAUAGAAGGGCUGGAAGUUCCGUGGCCCAUAAAAUAUCAUAAACUCAACUCAGUAACUUCCCUUUUCCCUUUUUCUUCCUUUCACUUUCUCCUUCAUUUAUUGCUUGAUCCUGCCUGCAGUAACUAUCUUUUACUACUACCCUUCAGCAGUUGCUAUUUAGUCUGUUUUUAAUAAAAUAAGUGAAACCAGAUGUUGUUCUGGGAAGUUGAUAAGCACGUCAAGAAAGCAAUAAGUGUUGAUAUUCUCUUCCCCACCCCCCUGUCUUGUAAUUAGAGGCUGUCUACCCUUGAUCAUGGAAUUUUAAUGAGUAGACAUUGCUUAAUUUGAUAAUAGAGAAAAUAUGUUGACAUUAAGUAAGAAAAUAAAGGCAAUAGUUCCUAUAGAUGCAUGAUUAGAUGCAUAAUUAUCUCCACUCUGCAUAUAAUUAUAUAUAAAGUCUUGAGUUUUAAGAUCUAAAAUCAUUGCAAAUUUUAGUUUACUUUAAUCAGACUUUUUUAAAAAAAUCUAGGAUUGAAUUAAACAAUGCUGUCAAUGCCAAAAAUAUUGGUCAACUUGAUUGUGUAUCAGCAGCAACUGUUCAUGGAGAAUAUAAAUGCAUUGGUAUGUUU